CGCAUACGCCGCGCAGACAGCGAUGAGUACUUUGAAAGCGGCCAACAACUUUGAGGUAACACUCAACGCUGGUAGUGUGUGGUGAAAAUCCAACGCGAGCACAAUGUCGUGACAAGACCAGUCAGUCAGUCAAUCAGGCAGCCAGCUAGAGUAGUAGUGAAAAUGAAAAUGCAAAAUUCGGUGAAAAAUCAAAGUGAGGCAAAAAUAAAAUAGAGCAAGCGCGUGAAAGACAGAGAAAAAAGAAAAUGUGUUGGAUAAUUUAAUGAAACCAAAAAAAAACAAAAAUGAAAAAAAAUUGUUUAAAACGCAAGAAAAUAAAUACACCCGAAUUGCGAAUUGGUCGUUUGUCUGCUAAGCGGUGCUGAGCUACACAAAAGAAUAUAUUUUUCUUACCUAUUUUUCGCCUACUACUACCAAAGUUAUAUUAUAGCGCAUUUGCUUAACGACGUACAAGCGCACAUACAUACAUAGGAUUUGCAAAAUUAUUUAGUAUUUACAAGACGAAAAAAAAAAUAUUGUAAUUAAAUUUUUAGUAUAGAAAAAUUUUUCGCCAAAAACGUGAAAAGCGUUAAGCGUGUUGUGCGUUGUUGUUGUUGUAAAAAGAAUAAGCAAUAGCUGAAAAGCAGUCAACUAAAUAAAUCAAUAACGCUAUGUCAACGGAAAGCAAUACCCCAGUGGAUCCCAGAGUGCAGGUUGAACUGGAGAAACUGAACACAGCAACAGACAAUAUCAACAAAUAUGAAGUGGAACUCGAUGAGGCAAAAUGUGAUUUCAAGCGUAUCUUGGCCGAGAGCGAUGUGCGCAUCAAGCAGGCCGCACACAAAUUGGGCAACUCAAUUGAGGCGGCAAAACCCUACUAUGAGUCUCGCAUCUAUGCAGCGCAAUUGGCAAAGGAAACACAACAGGCGGCUGUCAAUUAUGAGAAGGCCAAAUCGAUACACAGCGCUGCCAAGGAAAUGGUCUAUUUGGCCGAACAGGGACUGGGUGAGAAAGCGACGUUGGAUACUGCUUGCCAAGAAAUGCUCAGUCAUGCUACCACCAAAGUGAAUCAGUCACAGGUGGAGGUGACGGACGCACGAAAUGCUUUGAAAAUGUGUCAACUGAAAUUGGAAGUGGCCAAUAAUCGUGUGGGCAAAUUGCAGGGACAACUAAAGCAGGCUAUACGUGCGUCGAGUUUAAGCCUUAGACGAGACUUACUUGAAAUGAAUUCUUUGGUUUAUCAGCACCGUUGCAAUAUUCUACCCUUCUAUGAGGCGCGCGCCAACUACAAUGGCCUGCUAAAAGCACAAAAGCAGAAAAUUAAUGAAUUGGAAGGUAGAGUGACCACAGCGAAAAUGACUUAUAAUGAGGCGUUGAAAAACCUCGAACAGAUCUCGGAAGACAUACACCGUCAACGGCAGGUACAGCGCGACCUGCUCAAUGACACCCUCUUGCCAGAGCUGUGCGCUGCCACCAAUGCCACAGCAACAGUAGAAAACUAUCAACACUUUCCGUGCGGUAUUGACACCACGGACGAGUAUCUGCAAUUGCCCGCCAAACUUAGCGCACAGUCCAGCCCAGUGCGUCAGCGCCGUUUCGACGAGCACGAAUGUCCACACUUGCUGCAGAACUUUCCAACGCUGAAUCUUAGGGAGAAACUUGUAAGCGGUGGCGGCAUGCACAAGUCUGCCAGCACAAGCGCCACCGGUGACAGCUUUUUUGGGCACACCCCAUUACAUGGACCGUACGAGGUGAAAUCGAGUGGUGGUAGUAGUGGCGGUGGUGGCAGCGGUAGUGCGCACGAUGCCAGCUCGAGCACGGGUGCCGAUGCAGACGACAAUGACGACAUCGAGCAGUGGACAGAGAUACGCCUAUCGCACUCGGAGAGCACAAGUUCUAGUUACUCGAAUCAAUCACUGCUACACGAUCAGCCAGGCGCGGCUGAAGAUGCGCAAUCGCAUCAUUCCUCGUCAUCCUCAUCGGAUGAGCCAAAACGUAAGGUAACCUGCACGACCAUCUUCCACGACGAUCAGCUCAACAAGAAGCAGAGUUUGAGUCAGUGGUUGUCGCGUUCGAAUAGUUUGAAAAUGUCUGGACGUCGACAAAGUCUCGAUCUACUCAUCGAUGCGGGUGAUAAAGUGAAAGAUGUGUUUAGCUUCGGUUUUCAGAAGGUGGGGAAGACGCUGGAGCGACGCAAUAGCGAGUCGGAGAUGAAUGCCGAGAAUGCGGACAAUGCAAGCGGUGCGAAUAAUGCGAGCACAGCGAGCGGUGGUGGUAAAACAACAUCCGCUGGUGACUUUUUCCUCUUCUCCAGGUCAUCAGAGCCCAAAGAGCUGCUCUCCGAUGAGCAGGUCGAGAAUUUAUUAUUGAAUCCCAGCCUGGAUGAGAACGGUGCGAUAAUUGUUGAGCAACUUAAAUCGCCGUUACAGCAGCCAAAUCAAUUUGGCAUAGCUGCCACACCGACCACUACAACAACCACCACCACCUUACUCUUCUAAAUGGCGUUAGGAGUGACGAAUGUUUGUUGUCUUAAAGUUCACACAAAUACUCGUAGCAUAAACAUUUCAAUAGGUAUGAAAAAAAAUGAGAAAACAUAUCACAUUUAUGGGGGAUAACAUACAACAUACAUACAUAGAUACUUGAAGGAGAGCUGCAAAUAAGCAGCUAUAAUUAUUUAUAUAAUACGGCGCUUUGCUACAACAAAAUUUAGGCGAAAAUUUGUACAUACUCGUAAGAGAAGAAUUUUUAACGUUAAAGCUUUGAAGUGGAAUACGUUUUUUUUUUUUUUUUGAUAAUUCAUGGGUGCAUUUAUAGUACAAGAUAAUUAAAUAAUUACAAAAUGGCUUACUUUUUAGUAUUAAGUAAAUUUUUUUUGUAUGAUACAGCACUUGGCAAUAGUAGGCGAAUUGAAAAUUGCAUUUUACAUUUUAUGUAUGGCAGCUUUGGAAUGCUAAAACCAUACACCCCACAUAGCUAUUCAUGCUUUCGAUACUCAGCAAGCAGUAAAAAAAGGUCCAAGCAAUAAUAUUUUAUUUUAUGGUAAAUAUUUUACAAUGGUUUAUUUCAAAUAUGAGAAGUAUUGGUUAGCUAAUAAAUUGUGAAUCGAUUGCUUCCUCUUCGUCAGCACUAAAAACUGUGUUUGCUGGCCUUACGCUAGUGUUUUCUAUAAAAAAAAACAAAAUGUGACAAAAAUGUCUUUAAGAAUUAUUUACACAAUUGUAAGCUAAGAACUAACAAUAUACAGUGCCGCGCAAAAUAUUUGAAAUUAAUAUGCAGUGUAAUUAGCUUUAAUUAAUUUAUCGAGACUGGAAAAGUUGAGCAUGGAUAAAAAAAUAAGGUUCACGUUUUUGAAUGUGAAUUAUUAACAAUUAUACAUACCGAAUGACCGAGAUUUCGGUUUGAUAGAAAUGAAAAUAAGAAAAAUCAAUUUACUUAUAUAACCCUGAGCAUUAUUUUGAUUUGAUAGAAAAGCGUAGAAGGAAAAACCCAUUUUCGGUAAAACGAAUGUCGCAGCGGGAUUUUAUUUCGACGAAGUCAGUAGAAGAAUCAAUAACAAAAAGAGUAAAAAAUAAUGUGGGCGAAUCUGUCUCUUGGCUGAAAAUUCAAUGGAUGCGUUUCUUGAAAAAUUAACCUUAUAGAAUGUUCUACAAAACUUCUUUAGAUGAUUCCAAAUUCUACCUUUUGAAUCUUUCACCGAAUAGAGGAAGACCAAUAAUAUACGAAAAUACUAAAUUAUUUCCAUUACACACCACCCCUAGACCAGUAGCGAAAGAAAAAAAGAUGAGGAUAUUAUGUGUUUACUACAAUACAUCCCUCCAGUUUGUCAUGAACAUUAGUAGAAACUAGAAAAAAUUAUAAAAAUGGAUUACUUUUUAAAAAUAAUUAAUAAAUGCUCUCGAACUAUUUC